CAACGCUCAAAGUUUGAGGAACAAAAUGGUCGACCUUGAACUACUUCAUGAGGAGAACAAUAUUGAUAUUCUUUGUGUUUGUGAGGACUGGCUUACCGAACCAGAAUUGCAAUUUUACAGUACUCUGAGUUGUCUUAAUCUGGCUUCUUUCUUUUGUCGCGGAAUUACCUUCGGAGGAGUUGCUGUUUAUGUGAAAAGAUCUUUUGACAGUUUUAUUUUGGAUUUUGGCGAAUUCUGUGAGGAGAUUGAGGAGCCUUGGGAUCACAGAUUGGAGUUUGACAGAAUGAAAUACGAGGACUUCCGGCAAUUGAUGCAUUAUCUUAUUUCUUUGAUCGAUUCCUGCAACUUUUCAACUUGUCUUUUCCAGUUCGAAGUAAAGUGGUGUCCAACUCUAAAAAAGAUCAUAAAGUCAAGCUGAAACUUGGGAAUUGGUACAUUGAUGAAUUGGCUCAGCUCGAGGAGUAUAUGU